GCAACCUUCCCUCAACAGCUCAGUUGUUCCCACUUUGUUUCUGGCAGUACUGAAACAGAGGCGGGUCACUGAAGUUUGGGUGAUGUGCAGGGACUCAUGUGGAGGGCGCUAACGAUUUUUAAAACUUUUUGGUGACCGCGUCAGGACUGCAUGUCCCGAGGAGAUUUAAGUCACCACCGGCAGUCAGUCCAUGCUGCUGCAAGGUAAAUGGAAACGGCGAGUUCACAUAGCUCUGCCCUGGUUUAUAUAAUGACUCUGCUGAGGGGAAUGGUUUUAUUAAAACAAAACUGGAUAGCUGACCAGUCAAGGGAACAUAUCACUGGAUGUACAAGUCCUCAAGUGUUUUCUACUAGUUAAUGUUUCAUUUCUCCACUUCAGAGGUACUGUAUUUUCUUGUUACUGGGAAAUUAAAUAAUUAUUUUCACAAAAAUAUUGGGUUUUUUUGGUGGUUUACUACAAAUUUUGCUCUUUUAUACUUUGUUCAUUUAAUCUGAAAAACUGCUUAUGUUGUCAAUAUUACUUUGCUGUCUGUCUUAAAAUCCAACUUAUUUCCUGAAAGGUGUACUGUUCCUCUUGUUACUGUAUGUUCAUUGUACUGUUACCUUUAUAGAUACCAAUUUUAAGCUGUUUCAGAAGAUUUUCUUCCGUAAUUAUUUCAUCUGUCUCUGUCACUGACUUUCUACUAGUCAAAAUGGCAAAGUGAAGAUGGGGGACUGGAACUUCCUUGGGGGGGUUUUGGAGGAGGUGCAUAUCCAUUCCACUAUGGUAGGCAAGAUCUGGCUCACAAUCCUGUUCAUCUUCCGUAUGCUGGUCCUUGGGGUGGCAGCUGAGGAUGUGUGGAACGACGAGCAGGCUGACUUCAUAUGCAACACUGAGCAGCCUGGAUGCAGAAACGUGUGCUACGACUUGGCUUUCCCAAUCUCCCUCAUCCGCUACUGGGUGCUGCAGGUCAUUUUUGUGUCUUCUCCCUCGCUGGUUUACAUGGGCCACGCUCUCUACAGGCUGCGUGCGCUGGAGAAGGCGCGGCAGAAGAAGAAGGCUCUGCUGCGGAGGGAGCUAGAGUUGGUGGAUGUGGAGUUGGCAGAAGCGAGGAAGAGGAUUGAGCGGGAAAUGAAACAGCUCGAUCAGGGGAAGCUUAACAAAGCUCCUCUGAGGGGCUCCCUGAUGCGUACCUAUGUGGCUCACAUUGUCUCUCGCUCUGUCGUUGAAGUGAUCUUCAUGACAGGCCAGUACAUCCUUUAUGGCUUUCACCUCUACCCACUCUUUAAGUGUGAGCGGGAUCCUUGUCCCAAUGCUGUAGACUGUUAUGUUUCCAGACCAAUGGAGAAAAGUGUCUUCAUGGUGUUCAUGCAAUGCAUUGCUGGAAUUUCCCUCUUCCUAAACAUCUUGGAGAUCAUGCAUCUGGGUUACAAGAAGAUUAAAAAGGGCAUCUUGGACUUCUACCCUCACUUGAGAGACGAGAGAGAUGAACUUGAUGACUACUAUGCCAACAAGUGUAAAAAAGAAUCUGUUGUGCAAAUAUGUGCAGCCCGAAAGACAACAAAUGCCUCUGCACCUAGUGAAUACAACCUCUUGAUGGGGAGGGUGCAGGACACAAAUAUGUACCCAAACCUUAUCAAAACUUCGACUUUUCUACCUCUGCAGAGCGAGGUGGCCAAUCAGCAGGAUUUGGAUGAUUCCAGAUGUUCAGCUCAAAGACCCCCAGAUUGUAACUGCACCUUGACUACCAGCGAGCCUUGCUCUCAAUGCUGCGACUCCCUGAUUAAUCCAAAGCAGGAGGCUGAGGACUUUUUGCAUCUUCCCCCACACAGUAAGGAGGAUGACAGCAGUAAAAGAGGAAGCCCAGACUUUCCAAAAUGCCCACAGAAUGCACCUCACACUUCCACCUUCCCCACGCUGCCAGUCAGUGCAUCGAAGAGGCCGUGGAAGGCUCAUGGCUCUUUAAAAUGCUUCACAGUGUUGGAGGGUAAAAGCUCUGACACAGAUUCAUAUGGGGGUGAAAAAGCCAGUAGUGGACCUCUCUCCUCUCAAACACAGUCAAAAUCAGAUGCCAAACAAAAAAGCCGGCCCUCCACCCCUGAGUCACUGGAUGACUCCAGCUCAGGGUCCAGGCACAACCCCAGACCCCCUUCUUCCAACUGCAAAACAUCAGUGGCAAGUAAUACAAGCAGCAGACGAGCGUCGGACCUGCAAAUCUAAACUUCAAAUGCAAACUGUUCCCUUAUUUGCAUUAUUGGCACACAGCAAACCAUGUUACAGGUGUAUUUAUCAUUUACGGAAGCCCUGAGAGGCAAGUGAGACAAACGCUCUUCCG